AUUUUCUGAUAUUGGUGGAGAAUGGAACAAAAGCUGGGCACUGCCUUCUCAUGGAAGCCAGGGACCUGGUCCUUAAGGGAAAGGAGAAGUCACCUCUGGACCCUCGGCCUGGUUUUGUCUUUGCCCCAUGUCCCCAUGAACUUCCUUGUCCCCAGUUGACAGCCUCUAAGCCCCUGGCCUGUAGCUUUUCCCAGGCUUACCAUCCCAUCCCCUUCAGCUGGAGCAAGAAGCCAAAGGAGGAAAAGUUCUCGAUGGUAAUCCUUGUCCGGGGGUCUCCAGAGGAAGCCCAUCGCUGGCCCCGGAUCACUCAGCCUGUCCUUAAACGGCCACGCCAUGUGCACUGUCACCUGUGCUGUCCAGAUGGGCAUAUGCAGCAUGCUGUGCUCACAGCCCGCCGCCAUGGCAGGGAUUUGUAUCGCUGUGCCCGUGUCAGCUCCUGGGGAGAUCUUUUACCUGUGACCACGUCGCCUGAGCUUCUUCCAUCCCCUGUUGAAGAUCCCCCUGAGAGUUGA